UACAGUGCAUGUGAGAUGUUUCCCACAGCACUGUUAUGGGCAGGACUACUUGGCACCCUACUGCUUGUCGAGCCCGGGAUCGGUAGGAGAGGAAGAGGAGGGCGUGAAUCCAGCAGAGGGGGUCGGGGAGGAGGGCGUGAAUCCAGCAGAGAGUUCCGACCUAGUAUGUGGGCGGAUCAAGCUAACCUUGUCAGCAUGAUGCAGAGCUCAUUAAUUGCUAUUAAACCCACGAUCUUCGACAUAAACCUGAAUGAUAUGAUGCGACCAAUAUGUUUCCUUGGGCAGGUGUCCGAGAGUGAUAUGCCUGGAUUCUAUGAACCCAAGAAGUUUGUGUAUAGAAACACUUCAGAGAAAAGUGAUGUUCCCAAUGUUAACAGAGCUGCUCCUCCCCCCAGCAGAGCGUCUAACGCCAAAACACAAACCCAAGUCAAACCAUUUCCUCACAAACCAAAGAAGGAUGAUCCCCAGGGAUGUGGUAACCCAGUUUGUGUAAUCAUUGACAGCAAACCAAGAAGAUUUAAAUCCCUUUGUGAAUUUAAAUCCUUCCUCCAGACAGAAAAUCGACUGAGUCAAGUCAACUUCGUUCAAAAGGGUGACUGCUACGACAUAAUUGACAAUCCUGAAGGUGCGGAGAAAAAGACUUGGUCUGACAACGCUAAGGAUUGUUCAAUGUGUCGUGAGAAUGAUCUGUGCAACGGACCUAUUGUCGUGGUAGUUGAUCUCGGCAGUUAUCUGAAUGGUAAGUCAAGUGCCCCCGGUGGAGGGAUUCACAAGGAGAACUCAGAGGAAGGAACAAAACAGUCUGGAAUACCGUUUGAGUUCUGUAGCAUCUGCGAGGCUAUGAAAUUCUUUGAGAAUAGUGAGAAUCUGAAUAUUGCGACCCAGCUGGUGGGAAUAGGGUUCGGCAAAACAUGCAAUCUCUUCCCUCUCAAUGGUUAGUACUUUUUUAUCUAUAUAAUAAAGCUCUUCAUCUAUA